AUGUCAACCAAUAAUCUUGCGAAUCAACUCUCCACCCGCUUUCGUCAUCGAGGCAAUGCCGAAGACUUGGAUGAGGCUAUUGCACUUCAGAGGGAAGUGCUAGCAUUAUGCCCUGUUGGCAAUGCCGAAGACUUGGAUGAGGCUAUUGCACUUCAGAGGGAAGCGCUGGCAUUGUGCCCUUUCGGUCACACAGAUCGGUCCAAGCCAUUGAAUAAUCUUGCGGCUCAUCUCUUCACACCCGCUUUCGUCAUCGAGGCAAUGCCGAAGACUCAGAUCAUGCUAUUGCACUUCUGA